GUCCCUUUAACAACGGCGUCAUCGACUCAAUUAUAUUUUAUAAACCUGAAUAUCAUAUACUGUAAAUAUUGCAAUAUAUUUGCUUUCAUAGGUUUUUGAUCUCUUCAAGCAAAAAUGCUGCCUGCAACCUUUAAACUGUGUGCUGGCAUCUCCUACCGCCACAUGAGGAACAUGAGAGGUCUAAGAAAGAAUGCUAUUGUGGCUAUUCACCAUGAGCUGGACCGACUUGUGGGUCCAGGCCAGAGUAACUGGAUCACCCAAGUCCACAGACGGAGUUCCCUUCUUAGUUCUCAGAUUAGAGAGAAUGAAUACAGUGAGGAGGAAAUGUCCUAUUUGAAGCAAGGUGAAAAUGCACUGCAGAGGGCUAUCAGCAUCCUCGGUGAGCAGGAGGGCUGGACCGUUGAAACUGUUGCUGAAAAUGGAGACAAAGUCCUGAGUAAAGUGUUGCCUGACAUUGGGAAAGUGUUUCGGCUGGAAGUGCUGCUUGAGCAACAUCCAGACAGUCUUUAUGAAGAGCUGGUGGGGAACAUGGAGCAGAUGGGGGAGUGGAACCCAAAUGUAAAGCAGGUCAAGAUCCUUCAAAAGAUCGGCCAGGACACAAUGGUGACGCAUGAGAUAGCUGGAGACACACCUGGCAAUGUUGUAGGGCCUCGGGACUUUGUCAGUGUUCGCUGUGCCAAACGUCGCGGCUCCUCCUGUUUCCUCGCUGGAAUGUCCACUCAGCACCCAAAGAUGCCUGAACAGAGGGGUGUGGUUCGUGCGGAGAAUGGUCCCACCUGUAUAGUUAUGAAGCCCAGCAGUGAAGACCCGAAUAAGACCAAGUUCACCUGGUUACUCAAUAUAGAUUUAAAGGGCUGGAUCCCGAAGACCAUCAUCAACAAAGUGCUCUCUCAGACACAGGUGGACUUUGCCAACCACCUCAGGCAAAGGAUGGCCAGUCAUGUUUCUGUGGCGAUGUCUCCAGCCUGCUGACACAACAUGCCUCAGUAGUGGCAAAAGAGAAAUGCUUCAUAUUCCAUGCAUCACAAAUCAUACACACUCUUGAUCACAGUAAGAUUAGAUGACUAGUCUGAGCCGACAUGUUGUAUCAAUUGAUAAAUGGGUGUUUCUAUUACUUAAUAGGCAAUCUUUCACUGAGAUUUUGCAGCUCUGACACCAAUCAUACAUUAUGUUCCCUGACUAUUUCCAUCAUGUCCAUUCUCAUUGAACUACGCCUAUGCCUUCAGUGCAAUAAACGCAUUGUUUCAAAAAGAUAAGAUCUCGGGUAAUGCCCAUUAUGCUGCUAUGAAAUUUUAUUGCAGUGCUUUAUUUAUUGCUAUUGUGCACUUGCAUUGAAUUACAAUGACUGCCGUGUGAAUAAACAAUUAUUUAUGGUU